AUGAUGCCAGGACGUCAUCCAGUGUCAGAUAAUCCAUUGGGUUUAUCAUGGCACGACAGUGCAUGGAUACCUGUUUUAAAUCCCACAAAUAUAAUGGAUUACUUUUCGGAACGUAGUAAUCCAUUUUACGACAGCACUUGCAACAAUGAGACCGUUAAAAUGCAGCGGCUUAGUCCUGAUCAGCUUCAAAACAUGACAGGAUGUGAAUAUGUGUUGCUCCAUGUUCAAGAUCCUAUUUUAUAUGUAAUACGAAAGCAGCAUCGUUACUCACCAACCCAAGUAACUCCCCUAGCAGAUUAUUAUGUAAUCGCUGGUACCGUCUACCAGGCACCUGAUCUAGCUUCUGUUGUUAAUUCUCGAUUACUUUCGACGAUUCAUCAUUUGCAAUCGGCAUUCGAAGAAUCUAGUUCAUAUUCAAAGUAUCAUCCGAGCAAAGGGUACUCUUGGGACUUUAAAAAUGGCAAACCACUGUCGACUAAGAAAGAAGCUCCCCUAAGGGAAGAGCCUAGUUCAUUGUUCCAGAGACAAAGGGUCGAUAUGCUUCUUGCUGAAAUUACGCGCAAAUUUCCACCCCCUGCUCCUAAACCUAUACAGCAGCCGGCUGAACAACCAGUUCCAGCUGCUGAAAUUAAACAAGAAAUUUUAACACUGAAAGAGAUAAAAACUGAAAAGCGAGAUAUGAAACCACCACCAGAAAGAAAGCCACGGAGUUAA